GAGGGCGAGAGCCCGUCGAUAAAUGUAUCUUCCUUUCGUCUUGGGGCGGGGAGGCAGUGAGCUGAACGAUCCUUGCAGGAAUAGGAAACCAAGCAGUCACAAGUGCGAGCUGUGUUGCAGGAGGCGGAGUGGUGGGGGGAGAAGCAGUGGGAAUGUCUGAAUGUCUAUUAGCCUGAAUACGGUAGAUGUGGGCAGUGACUUCUGCAAUGUGUAUCCAGAAGACACUAACAUGGCGAGAGCUCUUCUGUUAGCCACUCUCCUCCCCAUUCUGAGCAAAGGGAUUUGGAACUGAGGGCAUUUAAUGCCGGCUGGAGGAGUACAGGACUCUGCAAAGCGAGGGGGAAAAUCACACACACACAGAGAAUCUAAAUUAAGAGGACGGCAGUGAGCCGAGAACCCAAUGAAUGUAUGUCACAAUGAUGAUGACAGAUCAGAUUCCCUUGGAACUGCCACCUUUACUCAAUGGGGAGCUCCCUAUGAUGCCUCACUUGGUGAAUGGGGACGGUUCACAACAGGUUAUUUUAGUUCAGGUUAAUCCGGGAGAAACCUUCACCAUCAGAGCAGAAGAUGGGUCCCUGCAGUGUAUCCAAGGGCCAGCAGAAGUUCCCAUGAUGUCCCCUAAUGGAUCCAUUCCCCCAAUUCACGUCCCACCAGGAUACAUCUCGCAGGUGAUCGAGGAUAACACGGGGGUCCGCAGAGUGGUGGUCACCCCACAAUCACCGGAAUGCUUUCCACCCAGCUACCCAUCAGCCAUCUCUCCGACACAUCACCUGCCUCCGUACAUCACGCACCAUCCGCAUCUCAUCCCUCACUCGCACGCAGCUUAUUAUCCCCCAGUCACUGGGCCAGGAGAUCUACCACCUCAAUUCUUUCAACAUCACCUUCCACCGACAAUAUACGGGGAGCAAGAAUUUAUCCCUCUCUACGGGAUGUCCAGUUACAUCACAAGGGAAGACCAAUACAGUAAACAUGACCGACUGCACAAAAAACUGAAGAUCGAUCGUCAGAAUCGAUUGAAUAGCCCACCCUCAACCAUCUAUAAGAACCACAUGAGCUCGUGUGCCACAAUAUACAAUGGCUAUGGGAAGGGACCAUGUGUGGCAGGGGUGGGAGGGGGUGGAGGAACGGGUAUCAAGAAGUCAGAGCGAAGAGCGAGGAGCAGCCCCAGGAUGAAUGAGCAGGACAUUCAAGAUUUCGAUUCCGAAACAAAAAGGGUCCAGGACAUGCUUUCUGGGAUGGGAAGGCCACAGGUGUCUAAUGUCCAAGCCAGGGCAGCUCUGCUCACCUGGGCUCCACCUUCAGGCCUCACAAAUGGGGACAAACAAACGAAUGGUCUCCCGUACACCUGUAACUAUGAAGUGGCCUCUUCCGAUAAGGGCAAAGACGGGAAAUACAAGAUAAUUUAUAGUGGAGAAGAUUUAGAAUGCAGCCUGACUGAUUUGCAGCCAACAACAGACUACCAUAUCAGAGUUUCCACAAUCUAUAACUCAGUGAAAGGAUCAUACUCGGAGCCAGUGAGUUUCACCACACAGAGCUGUGCGCCAGACACACCAUCGCCACCGAAACUCUCACAUCGGACCAAAAGCACACUGACUAUCCAGUGGAAGGCACCUGUUGACAAUGGGUCAAAAAUCACCAGCUACCUUCUGGAGUGGGAUGAGGGGAAACGGAAUAACAGAUUUCGGGAGUGUUAUUUUGGUAACCAGAGGCACUACAAACUAACCAAACUCUUACCAGCCAUUGGCUACACCUUUCGGUUAGCAGCAUGCAAUGAUAUCGGCACCAGUGGCUUCAGCCAGGAAGUGGUCUGUUACACCGCGGGAAAUGUGCCGCAGACACCUGCUGCCCCUCGAUUGGUCCGUGCAGGGGUCACAUGGGUGACGUUACAGUGGAACCGUCCCGAAGGCUCGUCGGCAGAGGAGCAAAUGACCUACACGCUGGAGAUGGAGGAGGAGAGUUCGACCGGCGGCUUUGAGUCAAUGUAUACGGGUGAGGAAGUCACCAGCACUGUGAACUCUCUUACGAGAAGCACACAAUACAAGUUCAGGCUGAUAGCCUCCAACGCAGAGGGCAGCAGCAAUCCCAGUGAAGUGCUCGUGUGUAUCACCAACCCAGACCAACCCGGGCCUCCAUCCACACCCUACAUCAUUGGCCCUCCGCUCUCUCACAGCCUUCACCUCAAGUGGGACCCUCCAGAAGACAAUGGUGGAUCAGAAAUUCUGAAGUAUCUGCUAGAGAUUUCUGAGGGCAGCUCUGAGGGAAGCCAGUGGGACGUGGUGUACAGCGGAUCACUCAAUGAGACUGUCUGCCAACAGCUGAAGCCAGGCACUUUGUACAGGUUCAGAGCCUGUUGUAUCAGUACCGGGGGACACAGUCAGUGUUCAGAGAGUCUGUCUGUUCGCACACAGUGUGUUACUCCCGGCCUGUGUCAACCACCAAGGCUUGUCGGGAAACCAAAACACAAAGAGCUUCAGAUACAAUGGGGGCCGCCAUCGGAUGGGAACUCGAUGGUGAUGGAGUAUACGUUGGAGAUAAGUCAAGGAGAGCUAGCACCUUCGGAGGUUUACUGUGGUCCUGAUCUGGAAUGUACUGUCAGCAGCCUCCUGCCUGGGAGCACCUAUCAGUUCAGGGUGCGAGCUGCCAAUGAAGCAGGGUACGGCCCUUACUCUGAAGCGAUAGAUCUCACAACAGCAGCAGGACCCCCAGUUCAGUGUAAAGCACCUGCACUUUCCUGCUUGUCGACCACAAGUGUACAUGUGAGCUGGGAGAGCCCUGAGAAUUAUGGUGCUGACAUAUCAGAAUACAGACUGGAAUGGGGGGAGACGGAAGAGUCCAUGGACCUUGUUUACUGUGGAAUGGAGACAACAUUCGAGAUCAAUGACCUCAAACCAGCAACACACUACUGCUGCCGACUGCAGGCCACUAACCAGGCAGGCUGUGGGCCUUACAGCAACGUGAUCACCCACACUACCCCAGCCUCAGUCCCUGAUGCUAUUUCCACCCUCUACGUCCUGGAGGACCAGCACCUGGACCAUUGCCUGACUUCGUCUUCCAGCUGCCUUGCCGUCAAGUGGACCGAGCCAUGCAGUAAUGGCUCCGAGAUCCUCUCCUACAGCAUCGACUUGGGAGAGUGCCAGCUGACUGUAGACAACGUCACGGCCUAUGUCAUACGCGAUCUCCUGCCCGGCACCUCCUACAGGAUCCGGGUUCGGGCGGUGAAUGGAAUCGGUGCUGGCCCUUUCAGCCAGGCAGUGAAAGCUAAGACAAGACCUCUACCACCGGCCCCUCCGAAGCUGGAGUGUGCUGCCUCAGGCCCUCAGAGCCUCAAGCUGAAGUGGGGUGACAGCAGUGUCACCAAAGUACUGCCCACUGACAUUGAAACUGUCUACAUCCUCCAAAUGGAGGAACGGAGUGGAAAGUUUGUUCCAAUCUAUCGAGGGCCAAGCCACACUUACAAGGUGCAGAGAUUGACGGAGUCCACAUGUUACAGCUUCCGAAUUCAGGCAGUCAGCGAGGCUGGGGAAGGACCCUUCUCCAUGGUCCAUGUGUUCAACACAACCAAAUUAGUCCCUCCUGCACUCAAAGCUCCACGGGCCACUCAGCUGGAAGGAACCGCAUGUGAGGUCACGUGGGAAGGACUUCCACCAAUGAGAGGCGAUCCAAUGAGUUACAUUCUCCAGGUCACACUGGGCAGGGAGUUAGACUACAAACAGGUGUACAAGGGGGAGGACACAACAUUCCAGAUCUCGGGCCUUCAGACGAACACAGAAUAUCGGUUUCGAGUCUGUGCCUGUCGACGCUGCCAGGACCUGUCGCAAGAGCUGACUGGACCCUUUAGUCCUUCUGCCAUUUUCACACUACGGAGGAAGGAAUCUCCUCCAGCCAGUGAACUGAGAACCGCAGAGUUGGCCAAAAUGAGGAGUAUGAUGCCCAGUGAUGAGCAGUUCGCUGCUCUCAUCCUGGUGGGAUUUGCCAGUUUAUCGAUUUUCAUCGCCUUUGUUUUACAAUAUUUCAUCAUGAAGUAACAAGAGGGGGAAGAAAGCAAACAAAAUUACGCAUAUAAUUCUUGAGGUAUAAACGUAGCCACGUACUAGUGCCAGCAAAAACCAUUUAAAUAUUCCUGUUGAACUUCUAUUAAUCGUAUUUUAGUUUUAAGUUUGUUUCUUUUCCCUUUGCCCUUUUGCAUUUUGGGUUUACCCCAGUUCAAAGGUUAGUCAAAAAUAAAAAGGGGGAAGUGAAAUGAAAACCACACUGGCCAUUUUCUGCACCUUUCCUGGAAAUUACUUUGACCCUUUCACCACAGGCAUUACUUGAUGCCAAGUGGGAGCUGCCCUCCUGCUAAGGCUGGGUUCCUCACUGCAUGAGGUCGCUGUGAUUUAGUUAAAGUAUUCUCCCAGCUGAGGUUUCAGUUGGAGGUUUUAGCAUUUUUUAUAUAUAUUAUAUAUAUAAAAAUAUAUAUUUUUUAAAAAAGAAAAUUUAGGCUGGGAGGGAGGGAAAGUGGGGUGGAGAGAAGAGAGAAUGAGCCUCAGAUUGUUCGAAACCGUCAAUUGGUUGACAGCCCAGGGUUUUUAUUUCACAUUUAGAGGAAUGCAAUGGGCAUUGUGUUUAAUUCAGCUGUAAAACAGGGAAUAUUUCCUCUGGUGUUGGCAGUCAAAUCUACCUGGCAAUAAAGGUGCUAUAUUACUGUAACUAUGCUGUGGUAGACCACUUCGCCCUGCUCCUGCUCACUGCCCUUCAUGCCCCCACCAUCAAUAAGAGACAUAAUACAGCGCCAUUGAGUGUGACUGCGGCUAUAAGAAAUGGGAUUCUGUUGAGGGGGAAGGUGGUGAAGAAGACUUCACCCUCCAAUCUGCACCCCUCACCAAUUACUUUUCAAAUGGGCACCAGACGCCACUUUGACACCUCCAUGUCACCCUGCCCCGCAGCUACACCCCCCUCCCAACCACCACCACCACUUUUGACUACUACUGGGCAAGUUAGUGGUUGGUGGCAUCACAACUUGCCAAUUGGGCUGCCCACUAUUUUCCCACUGUGAAGGUGCCUUACCUGCCGUUGCCCUGUUGGAAGCCACAUCCACUGCCCUUUCCAAACACUGUGCUCUCAAACACAUGCCUUCACCCUGCUGCUUCUGUGCCUUUGCUUCCCUCGAGGAGCUAUCCACACCAGUUGCAGGUGGCACACUGCCAAAUUCAGCACUGCCAUUCAGUAGGGAGUGGAUUUAUUUCCCAAUUUUGUCCUUCUGCCAUUUCCCAACUCAGAACUGCUCCCAGUGUUAGCCUAAAGCUUUAAUUACCUCCCUGCCCUAGUGGAACGUGUGAUCCGCAAAGCCUCCAGGUCAAGUCCCAGUUUGUGUUGGGCCAGCUGGGACAGGUGCUACAAUAGGCCUCAGUGCCUCUGGGAUUCUGGCGGGCUGAUGGGAACGUCAGGCAAUGGGAUGGUGUGGACUGCAGGUUGCACACUUGCAUUCUUUGUGCCCAAUGGACCAUCACCAAGUGGUGGCCAAUUUCAACCUUUGAGUUGAACAGCAUGUUGUCAGGUCACUCUCUGAGCUCCCUGCACAAGGAAUUCCAGCUUGUGGAAACUCCCAUUGCUACUUCUAACAAAAGCCAACACUAAGGAGGGAAGUGGGGGGAAAGUAAAUACCUCAGACUCCUGCUUAUGUUCUCAAAUGACUGAGAAAUGCCUAAAAUUUCCAAUUGUAUGAUAUAAAUGUGCACCAAAACCAAUCUUAAGUUUUGAAAAUGACAGCACUGUCCUUUUAACUUUUAGUUUUUAUGGUACUUAAUCACCAACAACAUUUUCAAAUCCAACAAUUUUAUAAACAGACAGUCUGGAAUUGGGCAGCCAUUUUGGAAUCCAGUGGCCAUUUUAGUAGGAACUAUCCCAGUGCUAAAAAAUAAUUGUAUUUGGUACAGCUACUGAGAAACCAAUUCUGGGCUGAAAAGCAUGAGAUCUAAGUAUCCAUGAAGAGGUGUUGGAAUUAGAAUGCCGAUUUCUGGCCACAGUUGUAUAAGGCUAUUUCCAUGGUGCCAUGGGAGACCAAAUCAAAAAGCUACUUUUUCUUACUCUUCUUCAGAAAAUGAUCAUUUGCACUUUAUCUCAUUCCCCACUCUCUCCACUGUCCUGUCUCACCCACAGAGAUGGUGUGAAGCAGGGAAAAAUGGGAGGGCUCAGCAUGACAGGCUGCAUCUCACUUCCAAAACCAAUGUCCAGCCAUUUCCAACAUCGUCGCUACUGGCAACUGACUGCCCACAUGAAUAAAAACAAAGAAUUCAGCACAGUUUCACUUAGAUUCCAGUGCGACAGUCCCUCAUCCUGAUCCUCCCAAAAUAAGAUCCUGAAUUGUAGCUGGCAUGUUACAGCUGACAUAAGACACUGCCACUACCCCCAGACCUGCGCCAUUAGAAGCGCUAGAAAUACCGAGUAGGUCAUUCAGCCUCUGAAGAGAGUAACAAAGCUAACAUUUGUGGUCAGUGCCCAAGCAUCAGAAUUCUUUGCUUAUCUCUCCUGGUGCUUAUAACUCCUCCUUGUUCCUACCCACUUUACCUGAUCUCAUCAGCUUCCCCUUCUCUUCCUGAUUCUUUUUAUCCAGCUUCCCCUUAAUUGCUUCAAAAUUGUUCACUUCCCUGUGCUCCAAAUUCUCCCCGUGCCCUGGAUGAAGAGGUUUUCCUGAUUUUUCAGUAGGAUUUAUUGGUGAUUGCGUGAUAUUUUUGACUCUUUAAGUAGUAACAACUUCUCUAUAUCAAUCCCAACCAUAUUUUUUUUUUCAAUAGAACCUCUACAGUGUGGAAACAGGCCCUUCGGCCCAACCAGUCCACACUGGCCCUCAGAGCAUCCCACCCAGACCCAUUCCCCUAGAGCCCACCUAUUCUACACAUUCCUGAACACUAUGGGCAAUUUAGCAUGGCCAAUCCACCUGGCCUGAACAUUUUUGGACUGUGGGAGGAGACUGGAGCAAAGCCACACAGACAUGGGGAGAAUGUGCAAACUCCACUCAGAUAGUUGCCUGAGGGUGGGAUCGAACCCAGGUGCCUAGAGCUGUGAGGCAGUAGUGCUAACCACUGAGCCACCGUGCCACCCAACUCAUUGAUCACUGCUCAGUCACUUCCAUUUGGAGAUCAGAGCCCCAUCCUGUUCAAUCUUUCCAAAAACCAGAAUCUCUCAGAUCUGGUGUCAUGCACAAGCAGGCUAUGGUACAUGGAACAUAGAGGUAAAGCAGGAGGCUUGUACAAAACCAGUCAUGGUUUUCUGAAAUUGCUGUCAGCUAUAGAGUUCUUUAAUAGACCUAAAUUAAAUUUGCAUCUCUGAAACAGGCCAUUCAGCCCAAAGGAUCCAUACUGACAUUUAUAUACCACAUGCUUCACCCUUUAUUGGGAUGUGGGCAUUGCUGGCAAGACUAGCAUUUGUUGCCCAUCCUUGUCGCCCUCAAACAAAGUGGCUUGCUGGGCCAUUUCAGAGGGCAGUUACAGGUCAAGCAGAUUACUGUGGGUCUGGAGUUACACGUAGGCCAGACUGGGUAAGGAAGGCAGAUUUCCUUCUCUAAAGGACUUGAAUGAUCCAAAUGGGUUUUUAACAACAGUUUUUAGUUUCAUGCUCACUGAGAUCAGCUUUCAAUUCCAGAUUUUUCUUUUAUCAAUGAAAUUUGAAUUUGUGAACUCAUGUUGCAAGGAUCUAUGGGUUACUAGUUCAAGGACAUUACUACAAUGCCAGCAACCCACACCCCACCUUCCCCCUCCACAUGAGGCUUUACCCCACCUCGUCAAUUUCUCAUUCUGUGCUUUUCUCCCACUGUCUUCCCCUUAACAGCUGCAAUGUUGCUGAAGACUCACCACAUCAGGAAUAUUCUGAGGGCAAUAGUGAUUUCAGACUAACUGUACUUUGAAUCUGCAAGGUACGGAUUGUAUAGCUGCUGUGUUUCUGUUGCAGGGUACCUGACAGAGCUGCAAACAGGGAAGCUAAGUGUCUGACGUUGGCAAGCAGAUACCCAUUGUCAAUUGGGAAAGGGCAAUGUGACUUGGUACAGAAAUAGUGAAAGAAAGAGUUUAGAAAACCAAGUGGAAAUGGAGAAUGCAGGCCAUUGGAGAGACAAUCCAGGCCAAGUCUCACAUGACGCUGAAUGAACAGACACUAUCUCAUGUAGCACAGUGACAGUCAUUCCUCAAACAGACAUCGGGGUUAGGCAGCACACAACAAGACCCUGUGGGUGCCAAGUGGCACCAGCUGACCAUUUCAAGGGUUUUCUUCUAAUUCUAAGGCAUUCGAAUGCAAGAAAUAGUUUGCAUUUGCGUGAUGCCUUUGACAUCCCCAAGCACCCCAAAGGGCUUUACAGGCAUUGAAGUGCAUUCACUUCAUCACAUAUGUAAAUGCAACAACCAUUGUUACACAGAAGGAUCCCACGAGCAAUAAUCCAAUUCGGUGUUGGUUGAAUCAGGCUUCCUGCUGUUAUUCUGUGAAGUUCAGGUCAAAGUUCAGGUCAAUGUUAUGUGGUGGAGCAAUAGCUAUGAGGAAAAAGAGAUCCAUGCAUUGAUGGAGCCCAACAGCGUCUCCCCCUUCCCGGCUUCUAAUUCCCAUUCAUGUUGUCCCAUUUAAGUUGAUCCACACUUGGCCAGUUUGAACUGAGGAAGUUUACCUCAAUCCAAUUUCAAACUUUUGGUCAGGGAUAUCACGGAUUCAUCCCCAACAAUGAGUAAUGAAUGAUGACUAAAUGCCUUUGGAGGACAACACCGUUUUAGGCAUCGGCCUUUGACCCCUGAAGCCUGGUUCCAAUCCAUCAGAGACUCACCACACAAAUGCUUCCUGUCCCCAGUUGCUGGAAUGUCUGGUGUGAAAUGGGUUUGGCAAAUCACAACCUAUUGCCUACGUUUGUUUUCUGUAACUUAGACCACUAAUUAUCUCACAAGCCAUAGAUCAUCUCCAAGAGGAAAUAGAACAAGAUCAUACUUGAUUGCUGUUGCUGUACAAAGAGAUUGCCUGUUCAAAGAGACAGUCACUGUUCCAUCACAUCCCUGACUUACAGGACCGCAGAAAGCAGGAAUGUUUUGAAGCCUCUAUCCUCUUGUAGACAUGGUUUUACUCAUCAGUCUGGUCUCCUUGUUGGUGGCUAAGCCGCAGGAUGUUGAUAAUUGGGCGCUCAAUGAUAACUAUUAAUCAUGUUCACUGCAGUGAGCAAAAGACAGUGCACACUGUUAGAACAAAGAGGUACGAAUGUCAUCCCACCCAACCCCAAACCUGGCCGACCCCUCGAACUAAUUGGCCCAAAUGUUAAUCACCAUUACUGUCUAUGAGCUCAGCUGCCUGGGCCUGAAGCUCCGGUGAUCUCCCCACCCUCUGCUUCUUUAUAAUGUUACUUAAAACCUACUUCCUUGACUAAGCUUUUGGUUACCUGUCCUUACAGCUCCUUGAAUCGCUGCAUGUCGAUUAGUUUUGUAAUUUCUCCUGUGAAUUACCCUGGAAUGCUUUACAACCUGAAUGGUGCUAUACAAAUGCAAGUCUCUUUGUUGCUGAUCACUGAAUGUUGCUCAUUGCGUUUGGGACCUCAAUAGACACAUUGGGCACACUGUGGUGUUGGCGAACUCUGCUGCAGGAUUUUCAAGGUAAAUGAAGGAUUCUUGCUCAAGUUGUCUCUGAAGGUGUGAUUCUCAUGGGCUGAAAAUGGUAUUGCAGCAUUGGCUGUGAAAUGACAGGCAGGUGCUGUUGGAACAGCACAGAAUAAGAAGAACUUGCUGUCCCUGACAUGAUCCUUGCAAGCUUAAGAUUCCAUCCACCCCUUACUCCAAAAACUCAUAAUAAAUAAGGCACACAGCCCUUCUAUCAGGUGCCUUUCCUCACCACAAGAGGCACAACUCUCCACACAGAUGACUACUCACUCUUUCAAUUCUGUUCACGAUCUACAUCUUCACCAACAGGGUCACACAGCACAGCCUAUUCGGCCCACUGUGCCUGUACCAGCCCUUUGAAAGAGCUGUCGUUGAAAGAGUUAUCCACAUAUUCCUGUUUCCACUGGUCUGUUAGUGUAAUCUUUCAAAUUUUUUGCCUUCGGGUGUUUAUUCACACGUGUUUACAUUGCCUCCAGGGCUCUGGGCCAAGAACUCGAAAACGGGAUUACCGUUGUCAGAUCUUUGUUGACCAGUGCAAAAAGUAUUGCACCAAAUGACCUCUCCUUAGCCUUAGGGUAACAAUCCCAUCUUCUCUACAUUCCGACGUAAUGGAGAAGGGUAAUAAACCAAGGGUUACAGUUUUAGAGUAAGGAGUUUUAGAGAUGAUUAGAGGAACUAAAAUUUCACCCAGAGGAAGAUGAGUGUCUGGAACUCUCUGAUUGAAUGGGUGGUAGAAGAGGAGCUGGAUGUAAAUAAGACCAACACAAUGAAAUGACGUUGAUGUCUGAUUCCACAGACAAUUUCUGCAGCUUUUGGUUUCAGUUAGUAUCCCAGGAAACAAGCCAGGGGGAUCUUGCAGUAAGAAGCUUCCAUUUGGAACAAGCAAUCCUUUCUGGUUGUGGAGCAUUGCCCAAGAAUAACAUUGAACAAACACAGCUAAAAAGGACCUUCACUCCUGACUAUCUUGUGUGGUCUCUCAACAGGCUGUCACAAACACAGAGAUAGUUAUAGCAUAGAGGGAGGCCAUUUGGCCCAUCAUGUUUGCACUUGUCAACAAAGAUUUGACAAUCCCAUUUUUCAAGUGUUUAGCCCCAGCCCUGGAGGCAAUGAAACAUGUGAAUAUUUAAAAUAGACAUAACAAAGCGUGGAGCUGGAUGAACACAGCUGGCCAAGCAGCAUCAGAGGGGCAGGAAAGCUGACAUUUCAGUUCAAGAGCCUUCUUCAGAAAAUAUUUAAAUACUGCUUACAUGUUAAGAGAGUUUCUGAUUCAAGCCAUCUUUUCAGGCAGUGAUUUCAAGACCCCAUCACAACUUCUCCUCAACUCUCCCCUCAGCUAUCCACUUAUUACCUUAAAUCUAUGCCCUCUGCUUGUUGUCCUCUCUAAUAAUGGAAAAGUACACAUUCUAUCUAUGCCCCUCAUAAUCUGAUGUGAUCCUAUCAGAUCACCUGUUGCACCUUCACUGCUCUGAGGAAAAUAAUCCCACCGUAUCCAAUCUGUCCACAUAGCUCUGACCCUCCACCCUAGGCAGUAUCCUGAAAAGUCUCCUCUGCAUCCUCUCCAGGGCUAUUACUUUCCUAUAAUGUCAUGACUGAAACUGCACACAGAACAGCAGUCGUGGCCUAACCAGAAAUUGGCACAGUUCCAGCAUACCCUCUCAGCUCUUGCCUUCUGUGCCUUGGCUGAAAAAGGCAAGUAUUCCAUAUGCAUUCAUAACCAUGUUAUUCACCUGCCCUGUUGCCUUCACAAACUUCUGAAUUUGUACGCCAUGGUCUGUCUGAUCUUCAGUACUUUCGUACCAUUCAUAGUGUAAUCCCCUAUAAUGAAGCAUGGGGCUGGAGGAACACAGCAGGCCAAGCAGCAUCUUAGGAGCACAAAAGCUGACAUUUCGGGCCUAGGCCCUUCAUCAGGGUAAUCCCCUGCCUUGUUAACCCUUCUCAUGUGUAUUACCCUUUUUACCCAGUUUUCAGGGUUGCAAUCCAUUUGUCACUGUUCUGCCCAUCUGACUAGUCCAGGCUUUGCUUCAAAUUAUGCAUCUUUAUCCAUUAACAAUAUGGAAAUUUCUUCAAAGGACACUUUUUGAUCCUAUGACUUGCUUUCUAAAGAUCUUGAUGGUCUCUUUUAAUUCAAUUCCACAAAAUCCCGUUUCCAAAUAACUGAUAACGCAGGACUCUGAGCAUUGCUGAAAAGUAAGGAGCAGUGUUUUGAAGCUUUUUGUCUUGCAUUCAUCAGGACAGUUUGUAUGAAAUACCAACUUAAGGAGAAAACCAACAUUUAUACUGCAUGAGGUAAGCGUGCUGAUUGGCUUGCACAUAGACUCUAAUUGGUAGAGCAUUGCCUUGGAGAAUGCUCCAAUUAAGGAUGAUUGACAGGUAGCUGCCAGUCUUUGUCUUGGUGGGUAUGAGAUUAAAUGUCUCAACAAAAGGUCUCUCUUCACAGAAAUCCUAUUUCAUUAUUUGUUUCUAAGUAAGAGACCAUUCAAAAACAUAAAUGUAGCACUCUAGCAGGUUCUUGAGCAAUCCUUGAACUUCUUCCAUUUGAACUCAUAACCUGUUCUCCCUGUCUCCCAUCACACAGUCCUCCAAACACAGUCUCAGCACCAGUACUGCUCACUUUGUUCAUUUCUAGUCUGGUUCAGGCUGCUUGGUCAAUUUUGAUCUAAUUCAACACUUUCACCAGGAGCCUCCUACUGCCUGAUUCAUUGGAAAGAAAGAUUUGCAAUUUUAUAGAAUCAGGAUGUUGCAAAGUGCUUUACAGCCAAUGAAGCACUUUUGAAUUGCACUCAUAUUUGUUUUGUGAGCUGUUUUGAAAAGUAAUUUUGUUAGUUUUGCUCCCAGGCAUCAAUGCCUAUUAUAUCCCUGCCCAGCAUGCAGCUGUACUGAUAUCAACUAGACUGAAUAUUGCCAUCUAUAUCCCUGUUCUACGGUCAGUGCUGUCGUAAUUUGCUGCCAUUUGUUGAUUUCUGUCACUGCCUGGAAAUAGAAGCUGGAGUAGACCAUUCAGCUUCACCAUUCAAUCCAAUUAUGGCUGAUCUUUUGCUUCAGUUCUACUUUGCUGCACGCUCCCCUUGAUUCGCUGAGAGACCAAACAUCAAUCAAUCCCAGCUUGAUCUGCCCUUUAGCUGCUGAUCUUAUCCUUCCUCGAUCCACACUACUGAAUGUCCCUGCUCUCCCACUGUCACCUAUGGCAUGUCAGGCCUUGCAAAUUUGAAACUCUCAGGGAUUGUUAUUUCCUGAUCGUCUGACCUCUCGUGUUCUGGCGGAAUGGGUAGGUCUGCCCACUGAUUGGUGCAAAAAUAAGCCAAAGGAAACACUUUAUUUGCCUAAUUUCAGCUCAUCAGGGUACGACUUAUUCUAGUUCUGCUAGAAUCCCUUGCUACCCAACUCCAGGAAGUUGAAAGAGCAAAUUCAGGUCAAAGAAUUGUAACAAUGACACACAGACAAACGUGCUGUUGUUUGAAACCUCUCUCUUGGCUGAAGUUCCUCCAUGGUACCCAUUUCAAAAGAUGUUGUUACUGACAGUGGUUCAUUGCCUUUUGCUCUUACUGGCCUCGGUUCCAAAUGUGAGUUGACAGGAUUUAACAUUGUGUCAAAGUGACUUCUAAACACCACCCACUCCAACAUGUAUCGCAUUCCACCUUCUCUAACAGUCAGGAUAUCUCAGUUUCCCAACAUGCAGUUCAUAGAAAAGAAGAAAUAAUCUGUCGAUAAUUCCACCAACCCUGCCAAUGAUGGCCUCCCUUAUUCAGACUGCCUUAGUCAGAUCUAAUCCGUAUUUCUCAAACACCAUUUGAACAAAAAUGUAAUGAGACUGAUCACUAUUACUUCAGGACCAGAAAUAAUCUGCCAGUGUAAGAGACUUUACCUCAGAACAAGACUUUGGAGUAAUAAGCACCCCAGAGGGUGCGUGGGGUAGUUGUGUAUUCCUAUUAUUGUAACUUGCUUUCUCCUGUCUGUCUGGGACAAUGGGGCAGCAAGACUCCUUUGCCAACCUGGGCCCAUUGCACUCUGUUUUGUUCCAACAGAAUUCAUGUCCAGUUCUCAAAGGUCCUUCUGAAACAUGCUUUUCCAGCUGCUGUUUACCUCUCAUGUAAUCUGUUUGUUCAUAAAUUAAUGGUUUAUUGUGUUUGGUUUUUAUCUUCCCUGGCUCUUUAACUCCAUGGCUCUGAGCAUUGGAUCCUGAAUACUCCUGGUGUAUUUUUCCUUGGGAAUUGUUCCCUUUCCACAUAAGACAACACAGAAUCCCUGGGAAGCGUUAAAAAGCCUGGUUAGCCGGGGAGGGGUGAGGGCCUUAUCGACUGUGAGAUACUGGGUUAAAGUUCCUCCAUCUCUCUCGGAGGUUUCAGGAGUGAGGAAGGGGACAAAAAUGACCGUGAGGACCUGGCAAACAUAUUCAUUGGGGUCUUACCUGCUAUUAAUUCCUCCAUACAUGCUUUUCCUCUUCCAUCCCAGUAACUGCUUUCUCAAGAGGGAAUUCCAACACAUUGGACCCCACACCUGACAAUCCCAUUGCAGUGUCUAAAUGAAAGUCUCAGACUUGGCACCAAGUACCCUCCCUGACCAACCGAAUCAUGCUGCUGUGUCACCCUCAGUGUGCUCAACCACAUCUGACCUCGAUGUUACAUUGAGCUAUCUGUGUCUCGGACCAUCUCCUUGACGUUCUCCAUACCCAUCACGGACCCCCGUGCAGUGACCAACACCAGUGCAACAUGGUAUGGAUCAAGUCCUAUGAGAGAGGGACAAAUGGGACAAAACUUUAUAAUAUAUCCAGCAAGCGUCCUUAGACAGCACCAUCCAAACCCUUGACCACUACAAUGUAGAAGGUCAAGGACAGCAGACCACAUGGAUGCAGUACUUCCUGUAGGUUUCCUCCAAGGCACACAUAGCCCUGACUUGGAGCUAUAUCACUGUUCUUUCAAUGCCACUGGAUCAAAAUCCUCGAAAUCCCAUCUUAAUGGUGCUGUGAGUGUCUCUGCACUCCAUGUCUGUGGCAGUUCAAGUCAACACCUCAGCACAACCACCUUGAGGACCAUAAGAGAUGGGCAAUAAAUACUGACCCAGCCAGCAAAUCCAGCAUCCCAUGAAUGAACAAAGAAAUUGCACACCAGAACAAGCAGCACUAAUUAUCUUCAGCACUGCACGCGCAGGAUUCUCAUUCCAUUUGCCCCACAAUGUGUAUAAUGUCCAUCAUACAACAAGUAGAUACAGGUCUGAGCAACAUGAGCACUUAGAACUCAGGCUACAGUGCAAGGUGUGGACAGGGUAAGAAGCCAGGAAUUGUUCUCGGCCAAAGGCAGAACGAUAAACAUCAACACUAAUCAGUGGUGAGAGAACAUCUUCUCUCUGCCCCUCCUGCCUCAGACACAUUUUAAAUUACUUUAACCUUGAAAACCAAAAAAAGAGAAAAAUCAGCUGACAGGAGGAUUUCAAAACCCAGUCUGAGCCAUUGCAAUUCUGACCCAUCUGCCUCUCCACAUCCCCAUCUCCCUGCCCAGUCUCAGUGUGGCAGGAGGGGAAUUCCAGCAUUUAAUUCAUCAACUCUUAUUUAUACUUCUUAUUGCAUUCAGUACUUUAAAAAAAAGCCAAUUACAGUGCAAUCCUAUUAUUUAUUGUAAGUAUGCGUAUGUACUCAUUUUAAUUUUUUUUCUGGGUAGCAUGCUUUUUUGUAAUGUGUCAUUUUUGAAUUGUUCCUAUUUUAGGCAUUUUUUGCUGUAGGUGUCUCUAAGUUCUAGUUCCUUUUGUAACACUUUUUUUUAUCUCAAAUCGGGAAUUUUCUUUAUGUCCUGUGAGUGGGUGUGUGCACACAUAAGCUUGUGUGCUCUCUUCACCAAAAGCAUUAUUUGUGAAUGAACUGUUUACACAUAGCCAGGCUAGUAACCAUACCAUGUCUUUGUUUUCAGGGUGGGAGGGUUUAUCCUCUUCAACACUCAUAGUAUCCAUGGGCCCCAACUGCAGAGAACAGGGUCGUCAAAGUUGGGGGAGGAAAGGCAUAUAAACUUCAAAAUUUAUUGAUAUGAGUAAUGUCUCCUGAGUAGUAACAACACCCCCCCCCCACCCCCUCCCCAUUUCUGUAGCUGGUUGUGCCCCUCUGGUUAUCAGUUGAUGUAGCAAUAUUAGCAUUGAUUUAUAGUUUAUUCUCGCAGUUUUUUAUUAUUAUUUUCAAUCGCAGAACUUGACAAAGCAAUCGGAGCAGAUAGUUACAUUUGAGCAAUUUGUUUUAUGAUUUAAAUAUUACUUUCUGUUGCCAAAGCUUCAGGCAUGUCUACUUUAACCAUUUUUUUAAUUUAAACUGUUAUUUGUGUUUGUGAUGCUUGCUUUUAAUUUUUUUUCUCUCUUUGAGGUCUCAUGUACGUGUCAUUCAACCUUCUAAAAGAUUUUUGUUUAAAAAAGAAAGCGAAUUUGACUGUGCUUGUUUCACUUUGAAAGUUCAGUUGUAUCAGGAGGGUCUUGUGGUGCAGUGAUAGUGUUCUUGUUUUGGGGCCUGGAGACCCAAGGUUCUGUUUGAGUUAUGGAAAAGUUUGUUUCAUUCGGAGACCGUAUGUCACUAAGGUUUUGUCUCUAUGUCAAUCUUGGCCAUCCUCAAGUCAGUUUGACGCUCACAGUUACUGCCCACUAAGCCUUGGCCCACUCUGGAGUGGUACAGCACAAUUACAAGGCCGGAAGUUUCUUGGCACCCCCUCCCAUCUCUUUGCCAUCAUCAAGUCGUGUUGCUGCUGUGAGACUUCAACUGUUUCCCCACCAACGAAGCAGCUCUCUGAUAAGUUUUGAAAAAAAUUAAAUGCCUCUAUUUUACCUCAAGUGUUGAACGUACAUUCCAAGCUUUUCAUUAAAAAAGUAAAUAAAAAACGAAUGAAAUCAUAAACAUUUGUUGUAUUGUAAAUUUUAGAUUAUUUCAUAAGCAUUAUAUAAAACUGUCAUAUCAAUUUUAAUGUAUAGAUUUUGCAAAUACUACCCUAUGUAUGUAAGACUAAACCUUAUCGUAGCGUACAUAUGUAAUAUAUUUAUGCCCAAAUAAAUGUUUUAAUUCUUUCUGGUAA